GGAAAAUAUCUUGGUCUGUAUCUCAGGAACUGGGUCAGAUGACUGAUGGGCAGAAGAUCAUCUGCACACCUGGCGACAAUCAGGCGUUGGACUGGCCGCAGUGCAUGGCCAGCGCUGGACAGCACCACCACACCAGCACGGAGGUCCAGACAGAUGCUAUGUCCGUCCAUCCCCUCAUCCCUCUGCUCAUAUACAGCGACAAACACUUCCUUCCCUCCUCCCCAUACGACCAGCAGAUCAGUGCGGCGCUCUCUUGUAACCAUGGCGACCCCUUCAACAGGCCUGGAGUUCCGGUGAAGAAGCCUCUGAACGCGUUCAUGCUUUACAUGAAGGAGAUGAGACACAAAGUCCUGCAGGAAGGUCACGAGAAGGAGAGCGCCGCCAUCAACCGCAUCCUGGGACGGAGGGCAAGUCUCUUCCAGUGCUUCUCUGAACUCAAUGGUGCGACGACUUCCAAAUACUACGCCCUGGCUCAGAAGGAGAGGGAGCUCCACAUGCAGCUCUAUCCUGGAUGGUCCGCUAAGGACAACUACGGUAAAAGGAAAAAGAAGCGAAGCCAGCCGUUCCAAGGCAGCAGCCUGUGCUUCGGUUAG